AUGUUGAGAAAAAGCUGCAGUCGUUUGAGAUCAGCUUUCUUCCCGCCAUGGUUGUCCAUCUACUUGUUAUGCACUGCAAGUCUCUUGAGCACGGAAUUCAAAUGUGCGCAAGGAAUGCAAGUGACGUCCACGGGCCCGCAGAACAUCCACAAGGCCGAGGGAGAGAGCGUGACUUUGGGCUGCAGUUACACACCGAGCCCAUUCGACAACGGAGAACUUGACAUCGAAUGGUCUGUGGUCAGUCCAGACACCACGCAGAAAGAUCAGAUGCUAAUUUCCUUUACCAGCGGCACUAGAUACAUUCACGGUAACCACGCUCUUACCAAAGGGCUCAGCUUUGCCGCUCCUGACCCCUCAAUGGGCGACGCUUCGAUCUCAAUCGCUCUGCUGUCGCCUGCUCAUAUUGCUACCUACCAGUGUAAAGUGAAGAAACCCCCUGGAGUGGACAUGCGUAAGGUGUCCCUGGUGGUCAUGGCGAAGCCGUCAGUGCCUAAAUGCUGGGUGGAGGGAGGGGAGCUGGUCGGCGAGGCUGUGUCUCUGCACUGCAAGUCUGCAAAAGGCUCCACUCCCUUAAGAUACACGUGGAGGAGACAAAGUGCAGGCCCCAUCCCUGCUGCAGCCACACAGAACAGCGCGACUGGGGAGCUGAAAAUCGGAAACCACUCGCAGAGCUUCACAGGAUUCUACCUUUGUGAGGUGAACAAUGCUGUGGGAGUCGAACACUGCCGGAUUAACCUGAAAGCGAACAAACCUCCAAAUAGAGCAGCGGUGAUAGUCAGCACCAUUGUGGGUUCUCUGCUCCUCAUCUUCAUCCUGCUGGUGUUCAUCGGGCUCCUAUACUGGAAGCUGAGCAACAGACAUCGCUUUGAGAAAGAAUUCUCCAAUGACAUCAGGGAGGACGCUCCGCCUCCAGAGAGUCGCCCGGUCAGCCACCGUACGAGCAGGAGCACCAGCCAGCACCCACGGGCUCCUUACGGUCAGGUGGGCCUGACCGAGGUGAGCUCUUUCAAUGACGGACGCACACACUCUCCCUCCAGCAACAGCCAUGGACACACGCCGGUCAAUUACACAGCAGUCGAAUAUGACAGCAUGUACGGACACACAGUGUGA